CUCACAGUGGAUAACCUUGUCUAUUUGGACGGCCUCUUCUUCCUCUUCAUGAAAUCCACCGAAGUGCUUUCACAUUCUAAAAGCUGAUGCUCACAAGCUCUUAACAAUGGCUUCCUCCCUCACCUCCUCUUUUCAAACAAGCAAUUUGAGGUCUCUAUUUUUGGGCGAGAGAAAUAGAAUUUGUAUUUCCAGUGUUCAUGCAGAUCGUGUUGGUUUCUUGAGGAAAACUGUGGUGUGUAAGGAAUCACGGAUAGGAAAACAGCCAAUUGAAGUGCCAUCCAAUGUGACAAUCACUUUGGACGGCCAAGGCUUAAAAGUAAAGGGUCCUCUUGGGGAACUUUCACAAAGCUAUCCACGAGAAGUGAAGGUUGAGAGGGAUGAGUCUGGCAUUCUAAGGGUCAGCAAGGCGAUGGAAACUAGAAGGGCCAACCAAAUGCAUGGGCUUUUUAGGACACUUACCGACAAUAUGGUGGUGGGAGUAUCUAAAGGUUUUGAGAAGAAACUUCAAUUGAUCGGUGUUGGGUAUCGUGCAACAGUAGAAGGAAAAGACUUGGUACUAAACCUGGGGUUCUCUCAUCCAGUUAGAAUGGCAAUCCCUGAUGGCAUAAAAGUGAAGGUGGAUGACAACACCAGAAUUACUGUUAGUGGAUACGACAAAUGCGCCAUCGGUCAGUUUGCUGCUUCUGUUAGGCGAUGGAGACCCCCGGAACCGUAUAAAGGUAAGGGUGUGAAAUAUGCUGAUGAAAUUGUUAGACGAAAGGAAGGGAAAGCAGGAAAGAAGAAGUGAGAGUAAUAGAGGUUUUUGGCUUACUUGUUUGUUUCUUUCUUGUUAUCUCAUUGUUCUUUUCAAAUGUGCAUUUGGCAAUUGUGGAUGUAGUUACAGUAAAGCAAUUCAUUCCAAUUAACAAGUUUUUGCUACA